AUGGUAACGGAAGGAAUUGUUCUUGGACAUCGGAUUUCGAACAAAGGAAUAGAGGUCGAUCAGGCCAAGGUGGAAGUAAUUGAACAGUUACCACUACCUGCUAAUGUCAGAGCAAUUAGAAGUUUCUUAGCACAUGCAGUGGGGACGUCUCCCCCCACUACUGAGAUAUCCGAGACCUUUUUGGAUGAACAACUCUUUGCAAUACGCAAAGCACGUUGGUUCGCUGACAUUGCAAACUAUAAAGCUAUAAGGUUCAUCCUCAAGGAGUACAGUAGACAGCAAGUUCGAAAACUCAUCCAUGAUGCUAAGUACUAUUUGUGGGACGAACCAUACCUUUACAAAAGGUUCUCAAACGGCAUAAUCCACCGUUGCGUGUCUGAGGAGGAAAUGCGGCAAAUCCUAUGGCACUGCCAUGACUCAGAUUAUGGAGGUCAUUUUGAAGGUGAGCGAACAACCACCAAGGUCCUUCAGAGCGGCUUCUUUUGGCCAACACUCUUCAAGGACUCCCGAGAAUUUAUCCGCAACUAUGACAGUUGUCAACGUGUUGGAAAUCUCUCUCAUAAUCAUGAGAUGUCACAACAAGGGAUCUUGAAAAUUGAGUUGUUUGAUGUAUGGGACAUAGACUUUUUGGGGCCUUUUCCACCUUCAUAUUUGAACACAUACAUCCUUGUGGUAGUAGACUAUGUGUCUAAAUGUGUUGAGGCAAUCGCAUCACCCACUAAUGACAUUUGGGUAGUAAUGAAGUUCCUUAAAAAAUACAUUUUUACUAAAUUCGGUGUCCCAAGGAUACUAAUUAGUGAUGGAGGCAGUCACUUCUAUAAUAGACAGCUUGACUCAAUUCUGCAACAUUAUGGUGUUCGCCACAGAGUGGCAUCCCCCUACCAUCCACAGACAAAUGAACAAGACGCUCUUUGGGCGUAUAGAAUAGCUUUCAAGACCCCUAUUGGAAUGUCCCCUUACUAG